AUGGGCGAAUGGGAUCUGCUGGGCCGCCUGCUGGACAAAGUGCAGAGCCACUCCACGGUGAUCGGCAAGGUCUGGCUCACCGUGCUGUUCAUCUUCCGCAUCAUGGUCCUGCGCACCGGGGCUGAGAAGGUGUGGAGUGAUGAGCAGUCCGACUUUGUCUGCAACACCCAGCAGCCCGGCUGUGAGAACGUCUGCUACGACAUGGCCUUCCCCAUCUCUCAUGUUCGCUUUUGGGUCCUGCAGAUUAUUGCUGUGGCGACUCCCAAGCUGCUAUACCUUGGCCACUGCCUCCAUGUGAUCCACCUGGAGAAGAAGGUGAAGGAGAGGAUGAAGAAGCAGGCGGAGUUGGAUGACCAGACCAGCCUCUUCCUCAGGAGAACCUACAAAAUCCCCAAGUACACGAAAAGCACCGGGAAGAUCAGCAUCCGCGGACGACUCCUUCGCAGUUACGUCCUCCAUCUUGUGGCCAAGAUCAUCCUGGAGGUCUUGUUCAUUCUGGGUCAGUACUUUCUCUACGGCUUCACCCUGGCGCCUCGCUACGAAUGCGAGCGCUCGCCCUGCCCCCACAAAGUGGACUGUUUCCUGUCCAGACCCACGGAGAAGUCGGUCAUCAUCUGGUUCAUGCUGGUCUCUGCGCUCGUGUCCCUGGCCCUCAGCCUGGUGGAGCUCUUCUACCUGUUUGUGAAAGCCGUGAAGGAGUGCAUGGCGAGGAGGCAGGACUACACCGUGACCCCCGUGACGCCCCCGCCUUCCGAGAGGAAAGCUUUUAAAACCCGUGACGAGAUGAUACAAAAUUGCGUCAACCUGGAACUGGAGCUACAAGGGCGAAAGUUAGGGGUCAACGGGGUCAAUGGGAGGAGUAAGAUAAUACUGCCUGAGAGCAACAGUUUGGGAAGGGAGGUGCACAUCUGA